UGUCGGGCUGAAGCACACUCGUAGAGCUGUGGGCUCCAGUACAGUUGAGGAUCAGAGCAGGAUCAGUGGGGCGGCAGAGACUCCUGAGCUCAGCUGCUGCAGUCCCGUUUCUUCCUCCUCCUGCUGCCGCUGCUGCUGCUGCCGCUGCUCCAUGGAGAAACCACUAAAUCCCGACAGCAUGCACCACUGAAAGCUAUUGUUUCGAACUGAAUUGAGGGGACGAAGAAAGUCUGCAAGACCACUUUCCCUCCGUCUUUCCCCGCUGAGGUGAGCUGUGCGUAAAAGGAUUUUUUUCUUCCUCUUCUUUUUCAGCUACACUGCCUCUUCUUUUCUUCCGCCUCUCACAGCCCUCUGCUCGCUGUGUUUUUUUUUUGUAGACUUUUUUGAAACAUUGGAAAGGAAGCUCUGCUGUUCGCUUCAGUCUAUCUGCUCGUCCAGCACCCAUGAAUUCAGAUAAAAAUGUGUACCUCGGCAGGGACAAAGGCAUCAUGCGGAAGAGAGCCUUGCUUCUUCGGAAAGGCUGCAGCUUUGAGAUCACCAGCUCUGCCUCGGAGGACCUGGGCUGCAGACGUGGAGACUUCAGCAGGAAACACUAUGGUUCGGUCGAGCUGCUGAUUUCCAGUGACGCAGAUGGGGCUAUUCAGAGGGCAGGACGCUUCAGGGUGGAGAAUGGCUCAUCAGAUGAGCAGACUUCAGACUACACUCCAGGAACCUGGAGGAGAACUGAUGUCCAUCUGGAGAAUCCCGAGUACCACACCAGAUGGUUCUUUAAAUACUUCCUGGGAAAAGUUCAUCAGAACUAUGUUGGUACAGAUGCAGAGAAGAAUCCCUUCUACCUGUCAGUCGUCCUCUCAGACCAGAAUAACCAGCGGGUUCCUCAGUACAGAGCCAUCCUCUGGAGAAAGACGGGAACUCUGAAGAUCAGCCUCCCGUACAGUCCGACCAAAACACUAUCAGUCAAGUCCAUCCUCAGUGCAAUGAACAUGGACAGGUUUGAGAAAGGCCCCAGGGAGAUCCUCAACCCGGAGAUUCAGAAGGACCUGCUGGUGCUGGAGGAACAGGAGGGAUCUGUCAACUUUAAAUUUGGUGUCCUGUAUGCCAAAGAUGGACAGCUCACAGAUGACGAGAUGUUUAGCAAUGAGACGGGGAGCGAGACCUUUGAUAAGUUUCUCAAUCUGCUGGGCGACUCCAUUACGCUGCAGGGAUGGGCAGGAUACCGAGGAGGGCUAGACACCAAGAAUGACACUACAGGAAUUAAGUCCAUCUACACAGUGUAUCAGGGCCAUGAGCUCAUGUUCCAUGUGUCCACCAUGUUACCCUACUCCAAAGAGAACAAACAGCAGGUGGAAAGAAAGAGGCAUAUUGGAAAUGACAUUGUUACCAUAGUUUUCCAGGAAGGGGAUGACACAUCGUCGUCCUUCAAACCAUCAAUGAUCCGAUCACACUUCACCCAUAUUUUUGCAUUAGUUAGGUAUAAUAGCCAGAAUGACAGUUACAGGUUGAAGAUUUUCUCAGAGGAGAGUGUUCCACUGUUUGGGCCCCCUCUCCCUCCGCCGCCUGUAUUUACUGAUCACCACGAAUUCAGGGACUUUUUAUUAGUCAAAUUAAUCAAUGGAGAGAAAGCCACACUGGAGACACCAACGUUUGCCCAGAAGCGUCAGCGGACCCUUGAUAUGUUGAUCCGCUCGCUCUACCAAGACCUCAUGCCUGACCUGCACAAGGUUCCUUUUUCUCCGCAGAACAUGUUGAACCGGCGAUCGUUCAGCGACGUGUUGCCCGAGUCUCCAAAAUCGGCACGGAAGAAGGAGGAGGCGCGGCAAGCUGAAUUUGUCAGAAUAGGGCAGGCUCUAAAGCUGAAGACAAUUGUGCGAGGAGAUGCUCCGACCAGUCUUGUCACCACAGGCCUGUGCAGAAAAGAGCCAUGGGAGUCCCAGUCGUUCUGCAGCACAUUCCCCUAUGACAUUGUGUGCGCCGACUCCUGGGGUCAGUCUCUGCUGGCUGCCACUGACACAGCGGGGGUCAUGCUGCUGGAUGGCCCUGAUCCAGCUUCCUCCAACACUGAGACGCAGGUUCUGCCUCCAGUGCAGGUGUUUGACAAAACCAUGGUGGUGAAGCAGAUGCAUGUUCUCGAGCCUCAGGACCUGCUGAUCACCAGAGCUGACAAAGGGAAGGAUGCUCGGCUCUAUGUGUUCAGACUCGGCGCGCUGAAGAGAAGCCUGGAGGAACGGCAGCUCGUCAGGACCAAGUGUGACAGCCGGGAAAAUAAGCUGGAGAAAACGAAAGGCUGUCAUUUGUACUCCAUCAACACCCACCACGGCUCAGAGCUGAGGAUAGUAGCAGCCAUCAGGAACAAACUCCUCCUCAUCACCCGGAAACAGCCACGGUGCGAGGGUUUUAGUGCCGUCUCCACAGGGGCAGACUCGCCAGUGGAGGAGUUUCAGUACAUACGGGAGAUCUGUCUGUGUGACCCGCCGGUGGUGAUGGCGCUGGUAGACGGGCCGACGGGGGAAAACGACAACAUGAUAUGUGUGGCCUACAAACACCAGUUUGACCUGAUCAAUGAGAGCACUGGAGAUGCCUAUAGGCUACAUCACGUAGACGCCAACAGGGUAAAUUUUGUAGCAGCCAUCGAUGUGUAUGAAGACGGGGAGGCUGGUCUGCUGUUGUGUUACAACUAUAUUUGUUCCUAUAAGAAAGUUUGUCCGUUUAACGGCUCCACGCCGAUGAUCCAGUCCAACACUUCGGAUUUCCACUUCAGCUGGAACCAGAUGCCCAAUGCUAUUGUUUGUGCGUUUCCCUACAUCCUGGCGUUCACAACGGACUCCAUCGAGAUCCGACUGGUGGUCAAUGGCAACCUUGUAUACACAGCAGUGGUCCCAGAGCUGCAGUUGGCCGCUUCACGGUCGGACAUUUAUUUUGUUUCAUCGGCUCCCGUCAGCUCGGCCUCCAACUGCAGUUCAAAAGACACCAGCUCGCAGAGUUCCCCGCAGACGCCCACCGGGUACGAGAUGCCCGUGUUCCCCUCACCGCUCGGUGAUGAUUCUAUACGGAUCCCCUAUGGUACCAAGCUUUCCCUGUACAUGUCUAAGGAGGCCGAAGGUGAAGCUGCAUGUAAGCACAUCUUCAGGAUCCCCCUGUGUAACUUGGUGGGCCGCAGCAUCGAAAGACCCCUCAAGUCCCCUCUGGUCAACAAGGUGCUUACAGCGCCGGCCUCCGCCAUGGUGCCCCCGACUCCCCUCAUCUCUGCAACUCACUCACUUUCCCUGUCCCGCAUGGAGAUCAAAGAGAUAGCCAGCCGCACACGGAAGGAGCUGCUUGGCUUGACAGAGGAACCAAGUGGGAAGUCAGACAGUGGAACAGUCAAACAAAGGAAGAUGAGCAAGAAGAACACAGAGGAUGAGCCCAAAGCGCGAGCGCUUACAUCAACAAACAGUGACAGCAGGUUAGCAUCAGAGUCUUUUGAAGUGGACGUAGAUGUCCAACUGCAUUGCCCAACGAGUUCGGAGGCUGAGCCAGAGAAGGUGGCGCUGCAGGCGGAGAGCCCUCCUCUCGCCAGUGUGUUUGCCCUCCCUACAUCCUUUGAAGAAGAUGUCCUGGACCUAAAGUGAAGACAAUCCCACCAUGCACUUCUCUGCCCACCCACUCCUGUACUGUCACCAUUAUUUUGUUAGUUUGAUUGGUUGGUUUUUACGUUGUUGUUUGUUACUUGGAACCUUUGUUCUUGGCAGUCUUAUGUUUAUAUCCCUGUGUCUGGGGUCUCUCCAUUCAGUCGGACAAAAUGGGUGCAGUGGGAGUUAGAAGCUGUGUCUGUGUGCGUUUGUUUUUUUGUGAGCGGUCCCUGAGCCACUGUGUGUUGGGUGUUUGUGUUGCCCCUGCAGCAACUUACCCAAAGAGGCGGUUGAGUUUGUGCGAGACGCCGUGGUUUAUUCAGAGUUCUGCAGCAGUUUUCGAGAUACCGUCAGGGGUUUGAUCCCAAACCACAGUCUGAAUGUAAAUCGAUACACCAAGGCACGGGAAAAGUCUCUGCUGUUAUAUUGCGCUCGGACGUCGCUAGAGCUUAAUAUGUGUUGUAUAUUAUGUGAUUAUUUCCAAUCCACUUUCAAAUGUUGUAUGAUAUGCAUAUAUGUGUGCGUGUGUGUGUGCGUGUGUGUACAUCUGUUUAUACAUGAAAAUGCGUACACAGUGGCAGGUUUGUGUGCUUGUUAUGCUUGUGUUGCAUAUUUAUAAAUAUAUUAUAAAAAUCCAUUUUAUUCCCAUAUUUAGUAAAACUUUUUAUGCUCUCUGCACAUAUUAGUCCUUAUUCUUGUCCUUAUUCACAGCACACAGGUAGACAGGGCUGGAGGCAAAGUCUCCCACAAGUGCCAUUUCCCCCCCCAUCCUACCCCUCAAAAAGCGAACAUUGCAUUGGUGUCUGACAGUAGCAGCCAUGAUUGUAGUCAGCAUUAGACCCCACAACUCCUGUCACUUACUGGAGGCACGCUCACAAUGCCACAUGUGCUGAAACAUUUUACCCCACAAGAAUGAGGCGACCUUAAAUCUGCAUGGCGCACCUUUGCUAUGAGUCUUGUGUAUUCUGCACCGUCAGGUCUGUGACAUUAUACCAACAACAACCACAUAAACGAGGCACAGCCUUAGACAACAGAAGUGUUGAUGUUAAAGGGGGAAAAAAAUCUGAAUUUUUUUACUGGAUUGUUAUGUGUGAUUAAGUACAAUGGCUCACCAAGAGACACAAUUAGAAGGCUGAGGCAAAAAUAAAAUAACCAUAAAUAUUAUAAUGUAAUAAAAAUGGUAAAGGUUAAUACUGUCAUGACUACUCCCAUAAUGAAAAUAAAAUGAUUGUAUGUGGAUCUUGCAAAAAGGCAGUCACCUUUUGUAGUAGUCCCAUUGUUAUUACACAGAGCCCAAUGCAUUGGAAAACACAUUCGGAAACCCACCAGACUAAAAAUCCUCUCCCAAGAGAAAAUAUGAAUGAAAUAGCAUGAACAUAUUAACUAAAAUCCUGUAAUCCUGUAAAAUACUGACUUAUACCUUUGAGCAAUGGGCCAAUUCAGUAGACACUGGUGUCACUCCAUUCUACUGUUACCACCAUGUAUCUAAUCAAUACGGAUCAAAAUCAGACAUGUCGUUAAUUCUAUUUCCAGGUUCUUGGUCAGAUCCCACAUCACAGAACCCGCAACUGUUCAUCCUUUCUUUAAUAUACCUAAAAAUGGACGUAUAGCUGACUGUGAUGUAAAUCUGAAUUUGAGUUUCAGACUGGUAGAUUUGUUUUAUCUGCCAAUGUCGACUUCUUUGGACACAGUUUGAAACACAAGCUUUCUGAGGAGUAAUAACAUUCACAUCAACACCAAAGUUGUAAUUACAAUUGAGAAAACUCAAAUGCCUGAAAUUGAAUGACUCACUUCAAUGAAAUACCAUUGUUCUGUGUCCUUAAAUUCAAAUAAUUAUCUAUUAUUGUGAGCCAACAUCGGAAUUUUAAAGCUGCAUUUACACAGUGGUGUGUAAAAUCAGAAAAAAAACAUCCCAUAUUCUGAUUUAUGAAGUGAUCUCACUUGAGAUUAAUAAGAUGAUUUUCAACCAUAACCCUGACCUACUUGCUUUUGUUGUUCCAUGUAUUUGUUUUGGUUUUUUUGCUGAUUGCAACCAGAUACAAACACCAUACAAACCUAAUAAAAUUACUAUUAAUUUUACUUUUAUGUAGUGCAUUCAAAGUCAAAUGUUUGCUGCCUUUUUCACAAAGUUAAAUGCAUUAUAUUUCAUUAAAGUCUCUCUACUCGGUUGCCUGUAAUACACCAUGAUAUCAACCAUGACAUUAAUCUGAAGUAACCUUCAUUCCUUCAUAAAUGUUUUUUUUUUUCUCUGAAUUGCAAAGUUCUUGGUCAAAACCACAGAAAACAUACACUUUUUUUUUUUUUACCCUCACGCUAAACAGCGCAUUUUGAACUAAUGUGUAAAAACCAGUUGAGUUCCCAUUAAAAGUGGGGAAGUGCGUUGCAUCAUUUUGGGCAAUCAGCAGCCGCCAGGUGCAGCCCAGGUGCAAACAAUUAACCGCAAUUACGUGACUGGCAGUAUAAAGUACCUGCAGUGACGCGGGGGCUGAUGAAGUGGCAGAAGCUCAGAGGGUUCGGUCUUGAAAAGUUUGUUCUUAAACGUAGAUAAAGGGGUUAUGUUUCUCAAUGAUACAACUGGUUAUUUUCCGUACUCUGUUGACUGUUGAGUUACAGUUGUAGUUCCGAAUUUUAACAGGUCAAAAACGUGUGGGGCUGUUUAACUCACACCGUCAGGUUUCAGAGUUAGCAAAGCAAAACUGGGAGCAGUGGUUGUGACUAUGCUUAUGUCGGUAUAAGAGCGCCUCCAUGUGGUGAUUUGGCAAAACAACAGCCUUCAGAUCUUGCAUGAGCCUCCUCUUCCUUUCCCCCUCAUGCAUUUCCUCAGUUCUGCCUGUGUCAGUGUGAACCCCCAUUCAACACUAUAACAACACAGAAAGCUAAAAAGAAAAAAGAAAUAAAUAAGGGAAGAAGAAAUAAGGGAUAAAAGGAAAUAUAAAGUCCUUAUUGCUCUGAAUGAGUGUGGGUGAUGGGGGAGCGCUGCUUCUCUCACAUCGGUUGUUCCUUUUUCUUCUGUAUUCUUGUCAAGUACUCUUUGUUUCUACCUCCCCUUGGCAUUUUUACUGUUUGUUUUUGUUUGUUUUGGGUUUUUUGUAUUUAAACCUUACUGUUUAGACUGUUGCUGAACCUCUCUGUGAUAUCAAAACAAAGGAAAAAUCAACAAAAAAAAACAACAACAACAAAAACACCAAGUGUCUUAAAAAAUUGUAUUGCCAUCGUUUUUAAUGCCAAGUACUACUUGUAAAUGUUUGUGUAUCAAAUGUGGCCUCAAAUGAAACUGAACUAUAUUAUUAUGAUGAUGAUGAUGAUAACUAUUAUUAUUAUUAUUUGAGCAGUUAUUUUAAACAAGUGCUGUAGACCACUGCUGUGAAAGUAGUUGAUUCUGUUUAUUGAUAUGUAAUAAAUAUUUAUGAAGUUUGAA